AUGUGCCGCAGCCACAGCAGGCGGAAGGAACUGGAUGUUCCUGAGUGGCUGAAAAAGGAAUGGCAGUCAGGCGACAAGGGCCAGAUUGCCCGCCAGCUACAGGCUGACUUCAUCAAGCGCAUGGAAGUUACCGUCAGCCGCAAGAACGAAAAGGAGGUCCUUGUGGAUGAGGGGUGGUACACUAAGCAGGAGAUGAUGGAUGAUCUGGGUUGGAGCGAGAAGAAUUUGUAUGACGGCGAGUGGGAAUACUGGGUCAAGGUUCGCGAGCACGGCAAGCGACGACGAGCCGUGUCGUACGAGGAGAAUUAUAAGAAAUCCAAAGAGGUCGACGAGGAGCCUGAUGACAUGGCUGCCAUCGAGAAGGGUCUGGGCAGCUUCAACAUGGAUUUGGAUGACAAGGAGGAUAAGCCUUCGGCUGCCGAAGCGCCAAACCCUGCAAGCCACAAGUUUGACCAGUCCAAAGACACUUUGGAGAAGUUCACCAAUUCUGUCAUGACAAAGAUUGGCAAGUUGCGGCUGUACAACAAGGUGGAGGAUCGCAUGAAGCAGGCCACGCUCGUGACGGCCCGGAAAAGCUACCUCAAGCAAGCGCCCGCGGAUCCGAAGCAGAAGCCCAACAAGUCCCCCAAGACUGGCAGUGGCAAUCGUCACGACAUGGCCCAGCCAAUCAAAUCCGAAAGCUUAAGCAUAAGUCGAAGCUUCGUUGCCACGCCAGGAUUUUCCUUGGAUGUCGUUGGUUUCUGUCGGCAAUGGAUGCUGCAGAUGAAACAGAAAGCCCCGAAGAUGAACUUUGGGAUCUCUUUACGACAGCGUCGCUCCAUUCCCGUGGGACAGGUGCAAAAGACUAUCAAUAAGGUUCGUUCUUCGGCAGAACAGCAGAGCAUCAAGAGCAUUGAGCGGAACGCUGGUUUACGAAACGAGAGGAACCUUCGCGAUUAUCUGGAGGACUCCAAGGGGCUCACUGAAAUUCACAAGCGAUGCCUUGAAGCUCAGUGUAUCUCCUUCACUUUGCCACCGAUGGGUUCUACUGCCGGCAAGGUUUUGAAACACGCGACUUUCGAGGUCGAGAGACUUUUCAAAACACACGAGCCGCUAAUCUUUAAGUUGGGCUACACCCACGACCCGGCAUUUCGGUGGUCCAACGCCAUAUACGGCUACAAGAACGAUCCUGCUCGAUGGUCAAAUAUGGUGGUUCUGUUCGUUUCUCCAGAACCUUGUGGACCUGCGAUGCUCGAAGCUUGCCUAAUCGACAAGUUCGUCAGUCGUUUGGUCGACAGGGUUGUCGAAACGUCAAAUCUGGUGGUGACACAGUGGAAGCUUCCUCGCGUGCUUCGCGAGCGCUCCGGGGAACGAGUGCUAGAAAAGUUUGGUUUGCAAGCCGUUCUGUUUGCCGUUUGCAUUCAUGUUUGUGCCACUGCCAGAUCGGCAAUCCGGACUGCGAGAAACGUGGUCAAGGACGUUGGUUUGGAGAAGGCUCGUGGCAUAGGCGGCUUGCUUCCGCUAGCGCGAAUUUCGGAAAAUCAUAGCGAAAGGGAUUCUCAUUCCUUGCUUUCGAAGAAGCUCGGCCUCGCUUUGCCGAUUCCUUUGUCAGAGACGCCGAGCGAAGAAAACGAUGGAGAGCCGCCGAAGCGAUUUCAAAGGCUUAGUAUGGUGGACUGGGUUCGCUAUUUCUGCAAGCACAAUCAUUGGCAUGUUCUAGCAGGCCUACGCAAACCUGACAAAGUUCGUGAGGAGAAGAUAUGGAAGGCCUGGUGGGAACGGUAUCGAAUCCACGAGCCUUCACACCCCAUUUUUGCAGCUGCUGAUGCGAACAAAAUAGAUCUAUGCAAGACCGCCGGGGUCCUUCUUCACGGGGACGAAGGGCGCGGCCGCCGCCGCGCCGCAUUUUUUAUCUUGAGUUUUCAUUCAAUCAUUGGAAGGGGCACGCUUCAGUCCUUGGGAAAGACAAACAAGGUUUUGCAUUCAUCUACAAAAAAGACCCGGAAACCGUAUCUGAAGAUGAGCUUGAACUUUGUGGGGCAUUCCUACACGAAUCGAUUUAUCACCGCAGUACUUCCUCGAGCAGCUUAUGGUGAAUGCGACAGACAUUUCUAUGAUGCGUUGUCCGCGGCCUAUGGUGAUGCAAAAUAUUUGGAGACCGUGGGCGUGGAAGAUAGGCAAGGCGAUCGACGCUGGUUGUGUCUCCUGAAGACAGUAGGUGAUUGGCCGUUUUUGGCCAAGGCCGGGCGUUUGCAGAGAACAUAUGCCAACAGUAUAAAACAAAUCAACCAGGCAGCGGUGGGGGUUUGUCACCGCUGCGAAGCGGGGUUUCCUCAUGCCCCGUUUGAGCAGAUCGGAACAAGGCGGCCGGCAUGGUUGCGUACAGUCAACGCUUCGUCGCCUUUUGCCGGCAUGCCUUGGCCUCCAGCUGUUAAGGUUGUGGAGAACACGGAGCGCCUUGCCGAGCAUUAUGCAUUCGACUUGUUUCAUACAUUUCAUUUGGGAGUUGGCAAGUAUUACGUGGGGAGCGUCUUGGCCAUUCUAUCAAAUUUGGAAAGCGGAAAUGUGGAGCAAAGAUUCCAGCAGGUCACCGCCAAGUAUCGGGAAUGGUGUGGAAGGACCGGACACACUAUGUUCGUUUCGAAACUGACGAAAGACUCGAUUGCAUGGGAGGCAACAUCCGAUUUUCCAUGUGGAGGAUGGUUUAAAGGUGACUUGACAACCACGCUUCUGGAGUGGAUUGAAAGCCUCGAAGGCUCGGUGAUGGAUCCGUUGUUUGUUCUGUCAAUGGAUGCAACGAAAUCCAUAAACCUUUUCUUCCGGAUUCUCUACUCGGAAGGUGUGUGGUUGUCCGUCGAAACAGCAGCGCGGACUGGGCAGCUCGCGAGCAAAUUCCUACGACGCUACGAAGAGCUGGCGAAAAAAGCACACUCUGAUCAAUUGACUUUAUUUGCGAUGCCACCGAAAUUGCACUCGCUUCAUCACUUUGCCAUCGACUUGCUCACCUCCGCAAAUGCCAACCGCAUGGCGUUGAACCCGCUCGCACUGAGUACUCAGAUUUCCGAAGAUCUGGUCGGGAGGCCUUCGAGGUUAAGCAGACGCGUCAGCUCUCGGCUUGUUGUGCAACGAACACUGGAACGUUAUUUGCAGUCGUGCCAUGCUAAGUGGGUCGCUGCAGGACUGCUCAUCGAGACGGCGUCCAAGUGA